AUGGGCGCUUCAGAAUCCAGAACUUCUAUUCCUACUUUAUCCACCAUUCCCAAUGAAAUCCAGCUUCAAAUCUUCGAACAUCUGAAUGUAAACGAUGUUAGCAAUCUGGCCAAGACUUGUUCUGAUCUCAACUCUUUCGUAAAAGCGCAACAAAAGUUCUUGGCUCGAUGGACCCGGCAUCUUGAUGUUGAUCUGAAUGAAAAACAAUGUAGGAUCCGUCGCGAAUCCAGUUCGAAUCAAGUCAUGUGUCAAUGUGAUUUGGUAAGUCAUGAACGUGCUUUGGAGAACAAAAUUUUGUUUUAUUACCUAAAAUUCUGGGAGGAUUGGCGCGAAGCAGCUUGGGCGCAGCUUGUAAAUGAUAUCUUUUUACAAUUUUGAUAAAGAUAGGUUAAUCGAAUGUAAAUUAGGUUAUUUGGGACAAAGAUAUACCUUUUCUGGCUUAUAAUAACGUAUUUUACUUUAUAUUUUAAAUAAUUUACAGUUUUGACAUUAAAAAUCAGGUGUUUUGUCCAAAAUUCCUUGUUUUUGACAUAAUUUUUCAUUUCAGGAAGACUCCGAAGAGUUUCUAAAUGAAGUUGAAGUAUCCACCUUGACUUUAACUGGCCCAUUGAGCGACGAUGCUGCCUUGGAUCGACUAAUUUCAAUGAUGAACAGCUCGAAACAGUUCAAAAUCAAGUCGUUCCGCAUGAAGAAGGUGGUUAUCCAAAGCAAACGGUUGUGUGAGCGAUUAUACCAACUGCUGGCCAAUGGAACUUGUCAUGUGAGCUUGCUUUUACAUUAUGCUUCAAUAUUGUUUAGAUUUCAUUAGGUUUUGUACGAAAAUAUUAAUUUUUUUGACGUUUUCUAGCAGCUGAUCUACUAUAAUAUCAUUUUAUUCAUCUUCCUUGAUGUUAUUACCUUUUUUCUAUUCCAGGCAAUCAGUUUGGAGGAAUGUCAACUUGCGUGUGGUUUCUCGGAGACUCAAGCCGACAAAAUGGGCGAGUUAUGUCAGUUUACGGUCAAGGAUUGUGCUCCAUUGAAUGGAUUGAACUUGUUGAACAAGUACUUGAGCAAACUCGCCUAUGACAUGAGGUUCAGCAACAAGAAAAGUGUUCCAUUCUACGCCGAAGCACCCGAUCUUACUGUUCAAGAGAUUUGUCAUUUCAUUAAGGUACGGUUUUUUUGUGGGCUUGGGAGGGGUAAAAGACGAAAAUUCCCCCACGGGGGUGCGGAGUGGGGUUUAUAAUUGAAAUUGAAAUCGCAAUAACUUUCUUUACAAAACAAAAAAUUGCAAGACCUUUCUUUACCAAACAUAAAAUGGCAAGGAUUUUCUUUACAAAACAAAAAGACAAAACUUUCUUUACAAACGAACAUAUAAGGGACGAGCUCAUUUUUCCGCUAUCUUUUUUUUCCUCUCGUUGCCGACGGCAGUUAGAGAAAAAAAAGAUCGUUGAAAAAAAAUAUCAGACAAGGAAUUGCAUUUUUUGUCUGAUACUUUCCAUCCGAUGUAUUUAGCUCGUCCCUUAUAUUCAUAAGCGCCGUAUAACUUUGAGUUGCGCCGCAGGCCGCGCAACUCAAAUUUUGUUAGUUUUGAUGUUUAUGUCACCGUAAACAACAUUUUUGCUAUUUUUUGGGUGACGUAUGACAUUUUCAGUCCUGGAUUCAAAUCUCUGAAGUGCCGUUCUUCCAAAUCUAUGUAACUCAAUGUGAUUCUCACUUCUUCAAUGACUUCUUAUCUCAAUGUCAGCGUCUCAACUUGGCUCAUCAUCACCUCAAAUUCACCUCGAAAGCUCAUCCAACAGCCUACAUUCAAUGUCAAUACGACCAAGAGUUGAGCCGUUUCCAAAUCUAUCCGAUUGUUGAUGUGCCGGCGGUAGGUCCUACGGGUUACUGUAACGCCAGAUAUUUCCGCGAUUUUUGA